AAAAGACUGGUGCUGCUGCUCUUAGUUGUGGUGUGUGGAACAGUGGCCCUUCUGCAGUGCAGAGGUUUCCGUUGCACGCAUUCGCAAAAGUCUCUGUAAAACCCUAGCUUACGUACAAGAAUUGAACAUGGAAUGGAGUCCACAAACCCUGCAAUUCCUAUCGGAAUGCUUCCUUAACACUCUCUCCCCACUCCCCGAACCCCGUCGCCGUGCCGAGUCCGCUCUCUCCGAUGCCGCCGACAAACCCAACUACGGCCUCGCCGUCCUCCGCCUCGUCGCCGAGCCCUCCGUCGACGACCAGAUCCGCCAAGCCGCUGCUGUCACUUUUAAGAAUCACCUCAAGUCCCGUUGGUCCCCGCCUCCUCCCUCCCACGGUGACGCCCAAAUCCUUACCCCGAUUCCCGACCCCGAAAAGGAGCAGAUUAAAACCCUCGUCGUCUCUUUGAUGGUCAAUUCUUCCCCUAGAAUUCAAUCCCAGCUCAGUGAAGCUCUGGCCGUUAUCGGCAAGCACGAUUUUCCGAAAGCGUGGCCUACUCUAUUACCUGAGCUUGUGGCGAGUGUUGAUAAACUAAGCCUGGCGAAUGAUUAUGUCUCUGUUAAUGGCGUGUUAGCUACGCUGAAUUCUUUGUUUAAGAAGUUUCGUUUUCAGUAUAAAACCAAUGAUUUGCUUCUGGAUUUAAAGUAUUGUCUUGAUAAUUUUGCCAAACCCUUGUUGGAUUUGUUUCAAAGGACGGCUAGUUUGAUUGAUCAUGCCGUGGCUUCGGGUGCUGCCAAUGCAGCUACCCUCAGGCCCUACAUAGAAUCUCAGAGGUUGUGUUGUAGGAUUUUUUACUCUCUGAAUUUUCAAGAGUUGCCCGAGUUUUUUGAGGAUCACAUGAGCGAGUGGAUGGUUGAGUUUAAGAAGUAUCUCACCGUUACAUAUCCUGCUCUCGAGGAUAGCAGCGGUGAUGGGCUGGCGCUUGUUGAUGCGCUGCGCUCUGCAGUCUGUGAGAAUAUCAGUCUUUAUAUGGAGAAAGAGGAGGAGUUGUUCCAAGGGUAUUUGAGUGGUUUUGUGGAGGCUGUUUGGGGUCUUCUUCUUGUCGCAUCUGCCUCUUCUAGCAGGGAACAGCUAACGGUGACUGCCAUUAAGUUCCUCACAACUGUCAGCACAAGUGUACAUCAUACUCUAUUUGCAAGGGAUGAUAUCUUGCAACAGAUUUGUCAGAGUAUAGUUUUACCCAAUGUAAUGUUGAGGGAUGAGGAUGAGGAGUUGUUUGAGAUGAAUUAUGUGGAGUUCAUAAGGAGGGAUAUGGAAGGGAGUGAUCUUGAUACUAGGAGGAGGAUUGCCUGUGAACUCCUCAAGGGAAUUGCCUUGCAUUACAAGGAAAAGGUCACUGAGAAGGUCUCCCUUCAGAUCAACAGUUGUUUGGGUUUGUUAAAUGAGAAUCCAGCUGCAAAUUGGAAACAAAAGGAUUGUGCUAUCUAUUUGGUUACUUCCCUUGCCAACAGAAAAGCGGGCGGGACUUCAUUUUCUACUGAUCUAGUUAAUGUCGAGAGCUUUUUUGGUUCUGUAAUUGUUCCUGAGAUGCAAAGUCAGGAUGUCAAUGCAUUCCCUAUGUUGAAAGCAGGAGCUCUGAAGUUCUUCACCAUGUUUAGGAACCAGAUAUCAAAACCUAUUGCGCUGGCAUUGCUUCCAGAUGUAGUCCGGUUCCUUAAUGCAGAGGCAAAUGUAGUUCACUCGUAUGCGGCAAGCUGCAUUGAGAAACUCUUGCUGGUCAAAGAUGAAGGGGCUAGACCAAGGUACACAUCCUCAGAUAUCAGUCCAUUUUUGUUGGUCUUGAUGACAAAUGUUUUUAGUGCCUUGCAGAAGCCAGAAUCUGAGGAGAAUCAGUAUGUUAUGAAGUGUAUCAUGCGAGUUCUUGGAGUUGCUGAAAUCUCUCGUGAGGUUGCUUUACCUUGCAUCAAUGGGCUGACAACAGUUCUCAAUAGAGUCUGCGAAAACCCCAAGAAUCCUGUGUUUAACCACUAUCUUUUUGAAUCUGUGGCUGUUCUUAUUAGACGGGCUUCCGAGAAGGACCCUUCUCUCAUUUCUGCAUUUGAAGCCAGCCUUUUCCCUUGCCUUCAAUUCAUCUUGGCCAGAGACAUCAAUGAAUUUUUUCCUUAUGCAUUCCAGCUGUUGGCUCAGCUUGUGGAGUUAACUCUCGUGCCUGAUAAUUAUGUUGAGAUAUUCAAGAUCCUUCUUUUACCUGACUCAUGGAAGAAGUCAGCAAAUGUUCCAGCUCUUGUUCGUUUGCUCCAGGCUUUCCUUCGAAAGUCACCUCUUGACAUGAUUCAGAAGGAAAGAUUGGAAAGUGUGCUUGGGAUAUUCUCCAGACUUGUUUCAUCUCCUAGCACCGAUGAUCAAGGAUUUUAUGUGCUGAAUACAGUGAUUGAGAAUGUUGCAUAUGACGUAAUCUUUCCGUUUGUACAGCAGAUUUGGGUUAUACUGUUUAACAGGUUGAGUUCCAGCAAAACAGUGAAGUUUGUUAAGAAUCUGAUAAUAUUUAUGUCUCUUUUUCUGGUCAAAUAUGGUUCUCAAACCCUUGUGGAUACAAUAAAUGCAGUUCAGCCAGACAUAUUUCGUACAAUUUUGGAGCAGUUCUGGGUACCAAACCUCAAGCUGAUCACAGGUUCCCUUGAGCUAAAGCUCACUUCAGUUGCUUCAACCAAACUUAUCUGUCAAUCUCCAGAUAAUUUGGAUUCUAAGACUUGGGGUAAACUGCUGGACAGCAUUGUGACACUUCUUUCACGACCUGAGGAGGAUAGAGUGGAUGAUGAACCUGAUAUUCCUGAUUUUGGUGAGACUACGGGCUAUAAUGCUACCUUUGUCCAUCUUUACAAUGUUGGGAAAAAAGAGGAUGAUCCUCUCAAGGAAAUUAAGGAUCCAAAGCAAUUUUUGGUUGGGUCUUUGGCUAAUCUUUGUGGUGCUUCCCCUGGAAUGUAUCCCCCAGUCAUUGGUCAAUUUCUUGAGCAAUCUAAUCAAGCUGCAUUGCUGCAGCUUUGCAACACAUAUAAUGUCUCAUUAGUUUGAAGAAGAAGCUGUCUCAUGAUCUCUGGGUUCGUGUUAUUCAGUGUUGCAUAUUGAAGUGAGCAGGACUUUUGCAUUUUAUUGACUGGUACAACGAGUUAUAGGUUCAAUCUAUAAUUUGGGCUUUUUCUGGCUCGUGGUUGUGUUGCAAUGUCCAUUGCUUCAUCUACCGGCCAGACUGAUAUGGAUAAGCUAUUGAAUCAGCCAUGAAGUCUGGGAUUUUCUGGCUUCCCGUGAUGUGGUGAUCAAUGCUGCUGUUUUUUUGUUUUUUUCAUGCUGUCCAGAUGCUUGUUGAGCACAUUUCACAUCAUAGUCAGAAAAUGAUACGUACUUGUGUUGGCAUUUAAAUUUUGCUUCCAAAUUUUGAUGCUGGCCUUCGGCAUUUUCAUUCGGUUGUAUUGUUAGGUCACUGGGGGAAGAGCCUGUGGGAGUCUUGAGUUGCUAUAAUUUCUAUGUAUUUGCACUCGCUGAAUGUGUAUUUUAGGUAUUUUUGCUGUUGAGGUUUUACACAUAA